AUCGGUGGACUUCAUCACCCAGAAGCCUCCAGCCGAGCGGUCCGCCUUUCUUAAGGUCCCCGAGUCGAGGAACCCGCCGGGCUCUUCGCGAGCCGAUGGGGGGGGGGGCGGCAUCGGCCGGAGGGCCCGCCUGCCCCCUCCCCACACUGCGGGGUCCCAGGGGGCGAAGGGACGGCCGGGUGCCUCCGUCUGGCUCGCGGUGCCGAGGCCUCCCGGCCAGCCAGGCCGCCUGGGGGCUUGUGGGGAGGGGGUCCAUUCUCCGCACGCUCCCCAGCCCGCCCCCCUCCAGCCGGAGACCCCCGCGGGAUGGGGGCCCAACCGCAGCGGCGGCUCCUCCCCCGCCGGGCCUGGAAGCUCAGCGCAGCCCCGAUCGGCGGGGGGGGGGAGGGGGGCCUGCUGACCCCCGGCUUCCCCUCCCCUCCCUCCCCCCCCCCAGCAGGCUUCUUCGGCCCCGGGGCUCUUUCGGGCGCGGCGUUUUCCCGGAAAGGCCCCGCAGCGCCCAUUAGCGCCUUGAUGGAUUGGCGGGGGCGGCCAGGCGGCCCUUCCCAGAAUCGCCCCUCCGGCCCGGCUGCCUCCGAGCGACCGAGGCGGUGCGGGGCUCGGCUGGGGCGGCCAGAUGGGCCCCCUCCCCUCCCCACCCCCCCGGCCCUGCCAAGCCUCCCCCGGCCGGUCGCUCGGCUGAAAGUUGAGAUGCGGUUCCUUUGCCGGCCCCCGAAGAGCUGCGGGGAGAAAGGAGCGCGGCUCAGACGGGCCGAGAGGGAAGCUGCCUCUGCCCAAGGAGGCCCUUUCGGAGCCAAGCUGGCUGGGCCGGUUGCCGCCGCCUGAACCCAAAGCGAAGUUCCCGCAAUUCUUGUCCCUUUGGGUGGCUUUUCAUUGAAGCGAAAUCAUCUCGAAGUCUGGGCGGAUCUUUAGGUGACGUGCAGGGAUCAUGUUGAGGCAACUGCUGCUGUCCUUGGGAGUCCUACAGGUGACCCUUGCCUUCCUGGCUUCUGGCCAUGGCCAUCUGGACGAGAGGGGACCCGUCCUGGAAGAGACAGCCAGGCCCAGUUCCCCAGGCCUUGAGAUGGUCAAGGAGGUCCACAUCCCAGAUUUUAAACAAGUGGCUCUGGAAACACCAAGAGUCCAAGAUGAUCUUGCGCCAGAAGCCAGCAUGAUGAUGAUGUCAGCUGCCCUGCAGGCCCAGGAGCGGGAAGGGCGUUCCCCGCGGAGAUGUGUCCGUGUCCAGGAAUCCUGCCUUGGGCACAAACUGCCAUGCUGUGACCCAUGUGCCACUUGCUACUGCCGCUUUUUCAACGCUAACUGCUUCUGCAAGAAAUUCAGCAGCACUUUCCCCUGUGGCAGGAACUAGCUUGCAUUGUGCAGGCUGCUAUUUAAUAAUCUUGAAUAGAUGUGGGGUCCAUAUACAGUAUAUUCCUUUUACAUUCCAAUAAAUCGCCUAUGAGAAAGAAUCCAUGAAAUGUGACCUUUUUCACCCCCAUUGAUUAUGUUAAGGAAAACCAGAAAGCUAAAAGCUGUUUUAGCUUUAGCUUCAAGGGCUGGGAAGUGGCUCACCAGGCUAAUGCAGCCUGUUAUUAACACACAGCUGCCUGCAGUUACAAUUACUGCAGGCUCGAGUCCCACCAGGCCCAAGGUUGACUCAGCCUUCCAUCCUUUAUAAGGUAGGUAAAAUGAGGACCCAGAUUGUUGGGGGGGCAAUAAGUUGACUUUGUAUAUAAAUAUACA